AUGCCCGCCUAUCACUCUUCUUAUAAUGAAGGAACAUACAAGGCAGUUGGUAAUCUGGCUGUCCUGCCGCUGAAAUCAAAGAUUCGAGGUCCAGCACUACCUUGGGCCAACAGCGACCCAACAGCAGAAGACAUUGUCGAUGAAGCAAUCUCACUCUUCCGCGCAAACAGCUUCUUUCGUAACUUUGAAAUCAAGGGAAACGCUGAUCGGGUCUUGAUUUAUAUGAUUCUGUUUGUCUCGGAAUGUCUUGGUAAACUGGCCAAAAACCCUUCUCUCGUUGAAGCUGGUCGAGUACUAUCUACACAUGCGAACCAAAACUUUGCUAUUCCUGGGGAUGCAAACUUCCCAUUGAAUGCAUUGUAUGAGAAGCCUGCUUCUAGAACUGAUGCUGAUAUCAUGAGACAAUAUUUGAGUCAACUACGUCAAGAAGUCGCCAAUCGGCUUCCACAACGUGUUUACGAUGGUGACAAGCCCAGUAAAUGGUGGAUGUGCUUUGCCAAACGCAAGUUUAUGAACAUAGGAAGCAUUACUGGCACUGGAGUGUAA